GAGGGCAAAGGAAGUGGACGCUCACUUCUCCAUCCCUGCCCGCUCUCACCCUCACUUCUCGGAAUCUUCCUUUAAUCUCUCUUCGUCCUCUGUCUCUGCCACUCCCACAAGACAGCCAUUUCUAAACCACUUCCAAGGCCUGUUUCCAAGCCCUUCUCAUCCUCAGCCCGCAGUUCUCAACUGCCCCCGGCUGCCCCGCAAGCCGGCCUCGAAGGCCCCCAUUCGCGAUCUCCAACCCCCUCACCGGGCUGGAAGGUGACAACCGCGAAAAGGAGGGCGACUCUCGGCGGGGGCUUGGGUGACAUCACAUCCUCCGACGGCGAGAUCGGGCGGCGGGCCGGAGGGCGCCCCUCCCCGCCCCCGCCGGCUCCGCGUGCCUGCCCUGGGUCUGGGAUUGUCGCUGAGCUGAGCCGCGGAGGAGCGCGCCAUGGCCUCGCCGGCGACCGCCCUGCUCCUGCAGCUGGCCCUUCUGCUCCACGCCGCCGCCUCCGCCGCCCAAAGGCCGAGUACGUUCAGGAUGUCGCCGCUGAAGGUGCAGGGGACCCUGGGCAAGUCGGUGGAGCUGGAGUGCGAGGUGCUGCUGUCCAACUUCGCGUCGGGCUGCUCGUGGCUCUUCCAGAGGCCCGACGCCGCCACCAGCCCCACCUUCCUCCUGUACAUCAGUAGCAGCCGGCCCAAGCCGUCCUCUGAUCGGUACUCCGGCUCCAAGACCGAGAGCAGAUUCAAGUUCACCCUGCACGACUUCCAGGUGGAGGACCAAGGCUACUAUUUCUGCUCAGUCGUGAGCAACCAUGCGCUGUACUUCAGCGCCGUCGUGCCGGUCUUCCUCCCAGAGAAGCCCGUCACGACGCUCGCGCCGCGCCCACCGACGCCGGCGCCCACCAAGGCGUUGCAGCCCAAGUCCCUAAGCCCAGAGGUGUGCCGGCCGUCGGCGGGCCGGCCUUCGGCGGGCGGCGCAGUGGACUCGAGGGGGCUGGGCUUCAGCUGUGAUCUCUACAUCUGGGCUCCCCUGGCUGCCACCUGUGCGGUCCUUCUCCUGUCACUGAUCGUCGCCGUCAUCUGCAGCCACAGGAACCGAAGACGAGUCUGCAAGUGCCCUAGGGGCAAUUAGCUGUCUAUCGACUACUCCACCCAAUCCAAGCCCUGGUCAUUCUGAAAACACUCUAGGAGAAGCGGCUCCUCUCCUUGGCCCUGAGGCAGGAGGCAGCCCUACAGCAACAUUCCGCCAGCUCCUUCUCAGAGGCCAGCACUGUGAUGGGGGCCACGAUCUCUCUGAAUCUUCACAGCAACCUCCUGUGGUAGACACCGUGCUCCCACCUCCCAGAUCACUGGCUCAGAGAUUAGGAAACCUACUCAAGGUGGCAGAAGUGUGAUUACACUCAGAUUGUUGAUAAUAAUGACCACUGGAUGGAAGUCUACAGUAUGAUUAGUUACUUGUUUUGUAUAUAUUUAAAUUUCACGUUUAGUGACAACUUUAAGGUCGUUACAGUGACCUACAUUUACGGAGGAGGAAACUGAGAUUUAGAACAUUUAGUGACGUGUCCAAGGCCAUGCCACCAGCAAACAGCAGAGGUGCAACGUCCAUCCAAAGCUCACGCUCCUUCCUGGGGGCUGUAGUGGGGGGCGGGAGAGCCUAAGGGUAAGCAACUAGAUUCACUGGCUUCUUUCAGUAGGUGAAAAUAUUUCAGAUUUUAUACAUCUGAUUUGCAUUUCUCACUCCUUGGUAUUUCUCUGUAGGGAUCCAAGUUCAGUGUCUUACACAUGAUUAUUCUUAACAAUGGAAGUGUAAGGACUUUCCAGUGCGUCUGUUGCAGAUGAUAUACCACGGGGAUAAAGUGUCUUUAAAAAUAGAGAAGGAUCGUUUAGCAUUUUUAUUACUUGGUGUGCAGAUGGGAGAUUUUGGAGUAGAAUCAUCUCUUAUCUCCAUCUUUUCUGAAAACUCUCAUUUUGAAAUGAAUAAUUGAGAAUAAAAUCCUGCCAUGAAACACAAAGCUGUACAGACUAAGCACAUUUGAGGAAUCCACAUGCCUGAGUUAAUACACUGAUGAUCAUGGGCAGUACAGCCUCUACAAAGAGGUUUUGGAAGACAGUGUGUAUAGAUAUGACACUCAGGAUGAAUUCGCCAUUUUAGCAGGCCCUAACCCAGUGCUAAAGUAACACCUAUUUUAGUGUAACGUCAAGUUCGGGUUGUCAGAGGGACUUUUAGAUAAAGUAGCUCUACUUGGCUGAUGGUGGUGGUUGGCUGCCGUCCCUCCCUUCCCUGUGAUGGGGGUGGUGGUGGUGGUGGGAGGGCUGAGAAUCAGGUCAGCUGAAGAGUUUGGUUAUCUGCCCCAUUUUCUUGCCUCCAAGAAGCUAGACCGACUGGGUCCGUAUUCUGGCUCAGGCACCUCUCACCCCGUGCCUACCCCUAAGGUUGCUGUGAGUAUGACAUGAGAUAGUAUGGGUAACGCCUUUAGCAGAGUUACCCAGGUCAUUCAGCCAGUCCCGUGCUGGUGCCCCAGGGGACACAUCCUUUUCAAAGGCUGUGGGGGCUGGGGGUUGGUCAUGAGCAAAUACUGCAUUGAAAGGGCUCUUGCUGCAAUGACAGUCAGCCACCUCUCUUUCAGGCCCCUGGUCAGGCCGGGAGGCAAGCCCGACCUUUCAGAGAAGUACGUCUAAUACAGAUACACGCCCUGUGUGUCAGCCACUACAGGACCUCAAACUGAGAUCUGUCCUCACGAGAAUGAGCAACCGCCCUUCCCUUUCAGCUUUCCAGCCUUCCUUCCUUGUAUAGUCAUUCCAUUAUUAUUCUUUUAGUGGGAGUGGGAAAGGUUACUUUUUAAAAAAUGUGUUUAUUUUGAUGAAAGCAAAAUGAAACUAUCAUGUCUACAGUACACCACGAGGAUCACAAUACCACUGUACGUGUAUAUUGGGGUAAAGGGCGCAAAGGGGUGGCCACAGCCACUAUGCGAGCUGUGUUCUCAGAAUCACGCCGUAAGAGCUGGUGGGGACCUUGGCUACGAUUCAGUCCAAACCUCUUCCCAGACCAUUUUACGACUGAGGAGGCUGACAUCCAGAGGUGAGAAGCAGCUUGUCCAGCAUCACACAGAAAGUCAGGGUUGCAGCCAGAGCUGGGGGAACCCUUGACUCCCAGGUCGGACUCUUUUCUUCUCACCGCUGAAGUCUGUCUUCCGGGGGCCUCUGUCUCGGGGUGGGGGUUUGCGUCUCAAACCACAGGAAACAAGGAUUUUGUGAGCACUUAUGAUACACCAUUACUGUGCCCAGUUUCAUAAUGUAGUUGAACAAUAGCAGACCUUUUAUAGUCAAGCAUGAAAUUGUAUACAGUAGGAAUUCAUAACUAAAGUGGAAGGGGUGAGUGAGCAGGUAAUAGGAGCUGACUCUUGGAAAACGAAGCACUCCAUCUCCAAAGAAAAUGUCUGUGAAAACCCGUGGUACUGUUGCUGUGGUUAGUUGCACUCAAGUCGGUUCUGACUCAUGGCGACCCCACGUGUGCAGAGAAUUGCUCUACAGAGUUUUCAAGGCUGUGACCUUUUGGAAGCAGAUUGCCAGACCUGUCUUCCUAUGCACCUUUGAAAUUCCUCUCCCAGUGCUUACAUCACAGAGGGACCCAGGAAGGACAGACUACCCUUUUACAAAUGAGUGGGGGAGCCCUGGUGUCACAGUGGUUAAGAGCUUGGCUGCUAACCAAAAGGUUGGCAGUUCAAAUCCACCAGCUGCUCCUUAGAAACCCUAUGGGGCAGUUCUACUCUGUGCUAUAGGGUUGCUAUGAGUCGGAAUAGACUCGAUGGCAACAGGUUUGGUUUUAUGGGUAAAGUUGAACGGAGGGCCUUGUGAAUGUCGAAACGUGAGAUACCAUAUUCCAGAAUCAUCAGUGACAUCUGAGUUUUGUAAAAACAGCCUGUGGUCUCCCGUCAACCAGCAGAAGAGACUCUGGUGAGCAGGCUGAGUGUGAAAACUACUGCCCUACACGUGCAUUUCCUCUUUCAUGGUGUUGUACAAGACCUAGUGGUCAAUGGGAGAAAAAGCUCAAGUAGAUACAGAAAUAAGAAUCACCCUUAUUCCUAUAAGAAUCAGGUAUAAUCCAUUGCUAAUAUUAUUGUAUAUGCUCUUGAUUCUUUUCCAUGCAGGUAUGUAAAAUGUAUGCUUUGUCUUUUUAAAAAUGGGAUUGCACCAUGCUUUUAUAAGUGGUUUUAAUAAAUAAACAUUUAUAGCAUCCUUUUUAAAGGGUGAUUAGCAUCCCAUAUUGGGUUGUGACAUCAUUUACUUAACCAAUUCUCUAUUACCUGCCACUUAAUUGUUUCCAAUUUUUCACUACUAUAAUUACGCGUCUAAAAGUUUGCUGAUGUCUUCGUUUCUUUAGGAUAAACACCCAGAAGUAAAAUUAUCCAGUUAGUUCUCACUUUCAUUCUGGACUUCCCGUUUUCUCAUCAACCAAAACUUAGCCUCUUCUCACUUCACUUCCCUUCCUUUUGUUCUUUCUUGUAAUAAAUCAGAAAAUCUGUGUUCCCGCACCUCUUCCCCCUUAUUUACACCCAUCUGUGGACACGUUCCUCCAAAGUGAGGCAGGUGAGACAGAAACUUCGUAUCCACAGAUGUGUCUGAAUAAAGAACAGGCCUA